AUGACGACCACUAAAACAACAACAACAACAGCAGCUAUACUAUCAUCGGUACCGAUGAUAGUAAUGGCCAUUAAGUACAACAUAUGGUGGACACCACCAACACAUAGAUCUUCAACGUAUAGACAUCACUGUAGUAGUAGUAGUAGAUCUGGUAGGUUAUCAUUAUCAUCAUCUGGAACUGGUAUGCCAUCAUCGUCAACAUCAUUACCACCACAACAACAGUAUCGAUGGCUGUUAUCGACAACAAUCAGAUCGGCAUUGGCGCAGAUGAUGGACAUACCGACCAAUUUUGCCAACAAUAACCUACCGGACGGCAUCGAUAUCGAUGCCAUCAGAAAACAAUGUAUACAAUCGAUAGGUAUUGUCUCUAUCAACGAACUGGACGACUGCUAUAUGAAUGAAAUGGAAGGAUCCAGUGUUAUAGUGGCCAACAACCCGGAGGACGGUUGUCUACUGUUAACUAAUAGCCAUAUUGUUGGCCAUUCACCGAUUGUCGAUUUUAUAAUCAAAUUGGAUCCAAACUCCGAUAUAAUGUAUGAGGAAAUGGGUACAGUUGUAUAUGUUGAACAUUACUGGGAUCUGGCACUCGUACGACUGAAUCGUAUGUUACCAGUAUUUCAGCCGAUGCAGUUACCCGACGAAUCAUUAGAUGCCCGCACCGGCCUCCAGUUUGGCCAACCGGGUGCCAUGUAUGGUCACGGACAGGUACCCUACAAUAUACAUCCGGGUAUGUGUGUACAGCCCAUGGCUCAGCUCGGAUAUGUUUUAGACGGCUAUACCAUUGGCACAACCAGAUUCAGCGAACACCUACCUAUCGUUUCGCAUACAGCCGUCAAUAUCUAUGGGUUUUCCGGUUGUCCACUAAUCGAUACCGAUGGCCAACUAAGCGGUAUAGUUUGGGGUUUUAUUCAUAAACACUUUAUCACAUUUGCCGUCGACUAUCAAGCAAUUAACGACUUUAUAAUGCGUGGCCUGGAGUAUGAAGUGUCUAAUAUACGGUUUGAUCGUCUAUGGGAUCAGUUUUCAAUGCAUGGAUCCAGGAAUAAACAGUUUGCCCUAAUUUUGGCCAAACAUUACAAUGAAUUUGAUAGCAAUAGCGGUUGGUUUACUAUUGAGGAAUUGCUUCCCGAAUCCCAACCAUUAGAUAUUGUCAACCAAUUCGUAAUGUUAGUCAAUGACCAGCCGUUUACAGACAUUGAAACCAUACGUAUGACUCUAGAGGUUGACGACGACGACGACGAUAGCUAUCCGACUAUUCAAUUGACACUUAGGUCUCCAAUGCAUACGCAUAGCAAUCAAUUUGAUUGGAAAGUUAACAUUACAUCCAUGAGCCCGGAAGAGGAGGCAUUUGUUUUCUAG